AGCCCAACAUCAAUUCUUUCCCUGCGUAGUUGGGUUUCUCUAUCUUUUUUUCUUACCUUUUUUUUUUUCAGUUUAAAAUUAUUUUUAAUUUUUUUUAUUUCACAAACACAACGCUCGUGCAAUUCAUUUCUUAAUUAUUUUUUUCGUCAAUAUUUCUCAGUUUAUCUCUCAAAAAAAUUCCCAGUUUCCAUUUCUUUCUAAAUUCGCACGAUUCCAAUUUCGUUUUCAAUCGUUCUAGGGUUAGGGUUUCGAUCCAUUUCAUCUCCGAUUCGAUCCACGUAACCGAUUCACAACUGCCAGUACCUUUAUUUCCCUCCCACCGACGACGCCAUGGGAGGUGACGCAACCGCUGAUACUUCGACGGAGCAACAAUCCACCGACGGAGUUAAGAUCAACAUUCGUUGUUCCAAUGGUUCCAAAUUUUCCGUUCAAAUUAGCCUCGAUUCCACCGUUAGUUCCUUCAAGGAUGUUGUUGCUCAGAACUGUGAUAUCCCUGCUGAUCAACAGCGUUUGAUUUAUAAGGGUCGGAUCCUUAAGGAUGAUCAAACUCUUCAAAGCUAUGGUUUGGAGGCAGAUCACACUGUCCAUUUGGUUCGUGGCUUUACGCCUGCAAAUACAACUGCUGGGACUAAUACCGGUGGGGCCAAUACCACAACUAAUGCUAGAGGUGCUGGUGCUAAUGAGGGUGGGGGAUUAGGAGGACCUGGACUUGGAGCUUCGUUGUUUCCAGGUCUAGGUGGUAUCAAUGGGAUGGGAGGAGGAGGUGGCCUCAAUAGUUUAUUUGGAGCGGGACCUCCAGAUCUUGAACAACCAUUUAUGUCAAAUCCUAAUUUAGUGAGAGAAAUUAUGAACUCACCUGCCAUGCAAAAUUUAUUAAAUAAUCCCGAGAUAGUGCGCAAUCUUCUAAUGAGUAACCCACAGAUGCAAGAGCUCAUGGAUAGAAACCCUGAGUUGGCACACAUACUUAAUGAUCCAAGCACACUUCGCCAGACACUUGAGGCUACAAGGAACCCCGAGAUCAUGCGUGAAAUGAUGAGGAAUACAGACAGAGCUAUGAGCAAUAUUGAAUCUUCUCCCGAGGGAUUCAACAUGCUGAGGCGCAUGUAUGAAAAUGUUCAAGAACCAUUUUUAAAUGCCACCACAAUGGCUGGUAACACAGGAAAUGAGAGCGCCAGAGGUUUGGGGACUCAAGGUGGGCAAACGAGGAAUCAAUCAACCAAUCCCUCAACUACUAGUGCUGAAGCAACUUCCCCUGUACCCAAUACUAACCCACUUCCUAAUCCUUGGUCAUCUGCUCCAACUGGAGGUGCCCAACCUAAUGUUAGGAGGUCAACAACUACUGGUGCGGAUGCUCGGCAGCAGACGCCCACUGGCUUAGGCGGGCUUGGUAUGCCAGACCUCGAAGGCAUGUUGGGUGGUAUGCCAGAUGCUGGUUCAUUGUCCCAAUUAAUGCAAAAUCCAGCUAUCUCACAAAUGAUGCAAAGUAUCCUUUCCAAUCCUCAAACAAUGAAUCAGAUUCUUGGUACGAAUACUGAUCAGCGUGGGAUGCCUGAUCUAAAUUCAAUGAGAGAAGUGAUGCAAAACCCAGAGUUUCUUCGCAUGUUUUCCUCACCUGAGACAAUGCAGCAACUCUUGUCUAUGCAGCAAGCUCUUAUGACUCAGCUUGGUCAGCAGCAAUCAACACAGGAACCAGGUCAAACAGGUGGAGGCAAUGUGAACAACUUGGGGUUGGAGAUGUUAUCGAGCAUGUUUGGUGGACUUGGAGCUGGUAGCCUAGCUGUUCCAAACAGAUCAAAUGAGCCACCAGAGCAAUUGUAUGCUACCCAACUUUCCCAACUUCAAGAGAUGGGAUUCUUUGACACACAAGAGAACAUAAGGGCUCUUAUUGCUACAUCAGGAAAUGUUCAUGCAGCAGUUGAGCGGCUUUUGGGAAACACCGGACAGUAGCAGGUGGGAAGGGACACAAGACUAGCAAUUUAAAAUCCCAAAUGCUAAAAUCUGGUGUGAGAUAUAUUCAGUUUAGUUUCGAUUUUCGUCAUCAGAAUUAUAUGUUCAAACAAAUCUAUUGAUUUUUUUUACAUCUAGAAUUUAUUACAUCCAACACUCCAAGUAACAAUCAUACAUUUGAACUACAAGAAAAAAAAAUACAAGGGGGCCUUUUGUACCAUAUUGUGUAUUUUUAACUUUGCCUGUUUGCAAGGACUGGCCUCAAGAUGAUACACUCAAAAGAAGGGGUUCAUGUUGGAAGAUGAACAUAAUUAUAAUUGUUAUAUAAUAAUAAUUAUUAUUAUAA